AUGAGAUGGCUUUCGCUGUUGUUGGAUCUUUCUCUCACAUCUGCAAUGAAACACAGUUGGACAAAACUUCCCUUCAGCGUUCCUGCGACUCAACGUCUUGGCAAUCGAUAUUAUAUAGAUAUCGACAGGAUCGACAACGAAACUAUAUUCAAAUCAGUAGCCAUGUACGCCGACGGUGGAGAGGUUUUGUUUGGCGAAUUCAAGGAGAAUAACUCUUGCGUAGCAUUUCCAUCACAUUUCUUUACAACUAAAAAAUGCAAUCAUGAAUUUUACCUACUGCAUACAAACUAUGAAACCUUUGAGAGAAAGCCAUUGAUGAAGGCAAUCAGUGACAAAAGAUGCAAGAUGGUUGGAAUUGGCAGUAACGCUAUUAUUUUUGUCAAAAAAUGA